AAAACUGUGUGUCUGACCAUCAGAAGCAAAAUUUUUAUCAAACAUGAAUAAUCAACAACUGAUGCUUGCUUUGGAAAUGCUAGAACUAGACAUUGACAUUUCACAAAAUUCCAGGGCAAUGAUUCAGGCCAUCCAAGACUAGAGACGUGAUCGAAGGCAGCGGAUAUGGUGGACGAGAGAUUGGCUCCUCCGAAGACCUAUCCAUUGCCAGUAUGAAGCCUUAAUGUCCGAGAUGUAUGCAGAAGAUCUAUCUGCAUUUAGGAAUUUUGUACGAGUGGACCCUCUUAUGUUUCAAGAAGUGUUACACAUGGUUUCUCCAAAGAUUAACAAGCGCAACACUUGGUACAGGAAAUCUAUUGACCCUGGUUUGAGACUAGCAAUUACUCUGAGCUAGGUACCUAGCUACGGGGGACAGCUACCACACACUGAUGUAUGGUUUCAUAGUUGCCCACAAUACAAUCUGUGGUAUUGUAAGAGAGGUAUGCGAUGCCAUAGUGUCUGUUUAUUCAGAAGACGUUCUCUUGACACCCACGGAACCUGAACAGUGGAAAGCUAUACAUGUAGCAAAACAGUUUGAGGCUAAGUGGAAGUUCCCCCACACGCUAGGUGCUCUCGACGGAAAACAUGUACCCAUUAGGUGUCCAAAAAAUGGAGGAUCGUUGUAUUAUAACUAUAAAGGUUACCACUCUAUUGUAUUGAUGGCUCUAGUUGACGCUGACUACAAGUUCCGAUGGGUUAAUAUUGGCGCUCAAGGUGGAUUUUCGGACGCCCAGAUUUGGAACCGGAGUGAUCUUAAACAAGCGAUUGAAAGAGGAUUAAUGGGACUGCCAACAGCGACCCCUUUUCCCGGUGAUGAUAAACCCAUUGACUACUAUAUUAUCGCAGACGAUGCUUUUGGUAUGAAGACCUGGCUAAUGAAACCUUUCUCUAGACGAGGUCUUGUUUAUGACGAGAGGAUUUUCAACUAUCGGUUAUCUAGAAGUAGAAGAGUUGUUGAAAAUGCGUUUGGUAUUCUUGCAAAUCGAUUCAGAUGCUUACUAUCAGUCAUGAAUCAGGAGCCCGAAACUGUGCACGUCAUAGCUUCAGCCUGCGUGUGCUUUCAUAACAUCAUGAGAAUGAGAUACCCUGGGGACCAGAACCUUCUACUUGACAAGGAAGACGAAAGGCACCAGGUAAUUCCUGGGGCAUGGAGAGAUGGUGUUAACUAGGAUGAUUUACAGAUUACCAGGGGUGGAAAUAUGGACACAUUUGACGCUAAACAGAAGAGGCUUUAUAUAAAACAUUACCUUAAUUCCCCAGUCGGGUUUGUUCCAUGGCAGGACAAGAUGAUAAAAUGACUGUUCUAAAGUAUUGUUAAAAAGUCAGAAAUAAUCAAUGGAUUAUUACAAUUUUCUUAUCAUUAAAACAUAAUUUGGUCAUUGCUUGCUUAUUAAUUUGAGUGUAGAAAUAGUAAAUAUUUGUCAAUAGCACGCUUUGCAUUCUCAAAGUUGAAGUUAUUAAAACAAAUUAAAAAUGGACUUUGAGAUUUGAAUGCCCCUUUUACUCUUUCGUUCUUACAACAAUGUACCGGAUAAAAAAUAUUUUAGACACAUCAAUGACGCUCUAGCUAAAAAUUGAUAGGUGAAAGUAAAUAAGAACAUGAAGUGUAUAGGAAACUACAAAAC